UUUUAACCGAUAUAUCUAAAGUGCGCGAAUCAGGAUUAUAGUUACGUUCAAUGAUAACGCGCUAUCAUCCGCAAAGCGCCGACAGCAUGCGUCGUGUGACGUCACGGCCACCUAACGGAAAUGAACCGAGAGCAAGCGAGGAACAACAUAAUCGCGAAAAACGGAGAUGUCGUGGAUCUAUUUCCGAACACGUUGUCCCGGGCGAAGAAGACAGCAGAUCAGUGGAAAAUGGCGAGUGUGAUGGUUGUGCGAGGGUGAUCGUGUUACCGAUUGACAACUGUGUUCCAUACAUCAGGUGUUAAGAGAGAGAGAGAAAAACACAUUUUAUUUGAUGUGUCACGGUGAAUGCGCGACUGUCACGCUCGCUGCUGCUCGCAAAGGACCAAAAAAAGCAAUUUCGCGCAACGGUGGUUAACAGUGGUUGCAAAACGCGCUGAUCGUGACCCACGGUCGAUUAUCGGCGAUCGCGCGUGACACGGGGUGAUACCACGGUGAAUCCUUGUCAACUAAUCCACGAUAAGUGUCCGUUGCACAUAAUACGAUGAGACGUGUCGUCGAGUUGUGUUCGCUGACUUUUUCGCGCGCGAACGUAUUCCGCGUCUCUCAACGUCAUUCUUGAAUGAUCUGCUCGAGGUUACAAGUAGUAAUGCGUUUGACGUUUGACCAGCGGACGAACGUUGAUCGAGGUGGCUCACAAUCAAGUCGCGUUCCGCAAGUCUGGCAAAUGGACGGUGCUCCGAUUGACACGAUAGUCGAAUUGUCGGUUCAGAGAUGCGCGCUCCACGGUUCUCUUUAACGUUGAUGUUUCACGCGUUAGGAUCCGCUUUUAACUGGCUGUGAAAAGUGCAACGUAAAUACACACAAUCAAUCCAAAGAGUAAAUAAAUAUUCUUAUCUAAACGCACCUGGUCAAAAUGGAUCAAGAAACGGUGUAUGGUACGCACGAGGAUAGUCAUGUUGUCAUGUCAGAGAAGGUACAGUCUCUGGCAGGCAGCAUCUAUCAAGAAUUUGAGAAAAUGAUAGCAAGAUAUGACGAGGAUGUAGUGAAAGACUUAAUGCCGCUACUAGUCAAUGUGUUAGAAUGUUUGGAUAUAUCUUAUACCGAAAAUCAAGAACGUGAAGUUGAAUUAGAAUUAUUAAGAGAAGAUAACGAGCAGCUUGUUACACAGUACGAAAGAGAAAAGCAAUUGAGAAAAGCUUCAGAUCAGAAACUUCUUGAACUGGAAGAUGUUUCGGAAGAUGAGAGAAAGGAGCUUCUAUCAAAAAUUGAUAGCUUGGAAUCCAUUGUAAGAAUGUUGGAGCUGAAGACUAAAAACUCACACGAUCACGGUACAAAUGCCAUUGGCGCUUCCAGUCUACCAAUUCACAGUUCUUCUCUUCACAUUGGUCGAUUGGAAGAGAAAGAAGCUGAAUUGAAACGCGAGUAUUCUCGACUGCAUGACAGAUACACGGAGUUAUUCAAGACACAUGUCGACUAUAUGGAAAGGACUAAAAUGUUGGUCGGCAGCACGGAAAGAUUGGAGAGUGUUUCUGCUAGUCGCGCGCCGUCGCGAUUACCUUCUCUUGGACUUGCUCAUAUGUCGCGUAGUUCCGGACCGUUGAGCUACGGCUUCCAAAGCCUGGAAGCUAGCAUAAAUGCCGAUGAUGUUCACGAAGAUAUUGUACCAAAUGCCGCUAAUUUAAGAACCGAGAUGUUGGAUAGCAGCAGCGAGGCCGCUAUCGAAACAUCCGACAAGAGUCAACUGACUGAUCAACCGUUACAAGAAAAUAAGACUACAGCUAUAUCUAGACACGAAAGUCCAGAAACAGAAGUACCGCCAACUUUAAUAACACCAACUACUCCGACUGCAUAUACAGAGAAGUUAGCUACUACACCAAGCGGUAGAAGUAGAACUGAACGGGAACAACGAAGCGGGAAUACGUUGUAUCAAGAGUUAAGUUUUCAGGACGCUGACGCUUUAGGUGAAAUGGACGAGGGUGCAGAUAUUACCGGAAGUUUAGUACAUCCCGGAGAAUAUGCAUCAUCAGUCAAUGACAACUUCUUCGGAAUGGGAAAGGAAGUAGAAAAUCUUAUUAUGGAGAACAAUGAAUUAUUGGCAACAAAAAAUGCUCUUAACGUUGUCAAAGACGAUUUAAUUGUUAAAGUGGAUGAAUUGACCAGUGAGCAAGAAAUAUUGCGUGAAGAAAUUCGAAGUUUGCAGCAGGCACGAGAUCGAUUGCGACAACGAGUCGCUGCUCUUGAAGAAGAACUGAAAAAAGUUAAAGAGGAAGCAGAAGCGGCAGCGAAAGCGACAAAGAGCGAUGACGAAGAAGAUGUACCUCUGUCUCAGAGAAAGCGAUUCACCCGAGUUGAGAUGGCGAGAGUUCUCAUGGAACGUAAUCAAUAUAAGGAACGUUUUAUGGAACUUCAAGAAGCUGUCAGAUGGACCGAGAUGAUAAGAGCCAGUAAGACCGAUCCUUCCAGCAUCUCAGGCGGAAAAGGUUCUGUGUGGAAGUUUUUUAGCAAUCUCUUCACAGGUCCGGCCGAUCGAGGGACGCUAGUGCGUUCCGCGCACACGUUACCGCAUGUGCGGUACAGCGCACCGGCGAAUCAGGUCGUACCGGCGCCACCCCUGGAUGCCAUGCGUAGACGUACGUUAAAAAGUCGCCAAGACUUUCUCGACCAAGGAGACACCAUAGAUACCUGGUUUUUCUGGCUUCGGGUGGGGUGCUUAUUGGUCAGCAGAUCGUCCGAAAAGCUCGUAGCAAGACGUGCGAACGAACGAAGAGAACAGUAUCGUCAAGUGCGAGCGCAUGUAAAGAAGGAGGAUGGUCGCCUGCAGGCUUACGGAUGGAGUUUACCGGGGAAACCGAGUGCUCCUGUCAGACAACCACCUGUUCCCGUUCCAGUGUAUUGCCGACCCCUGCAGGAAACCGAACCGGGCAUGAAAAUCUGGUGCGGCGCCGGUGUGAAUUUGAGCGGCGGUAAGACGCGCGACGGCGGAUGCAUGAUCGGCGGAAGUGUAUUUUACGCCGCCGAAGCCCGAGAAACGAGCAACAACAAAACAGAGGCUGAAGACGCGGUCGAGCACCUUGACAAGGAACUCCAAGAGAAUGAAAGCCAACGGCUUGAGGCGGAACGAUGGGAGCAACAACUCAGUUCGCUCGUUUGGAUCUGCACCUCGACGCAGAAAAUGUCGAAGGUCACCGUGAUAGACGCAAACAAUCCGGCGGACAUUCUGGAGGUGUUCAACGUCUGUCAAGGGCACUUGCUGUGUAUUGCGAGCGUACCCGGUGCCAAAGAGAGCGAUUACGCACAGUCCUCAAACGAGAACUCGAUUCGUAACUUGACGAAUGACAACGAGAACAAUAACGGUGCUUGUGAGGAUGUUACGAAUGCGAAUGAGAAUAUCGAGCAAAGUGAUCAAAAAACUGCUCAGGAUACUGACACAGCCGUUGACAAAAAUAAGAGCGAGUCCGAUGAUCAGUCGGAGGACCAAGCAAAUGAGAAUACCGAAAAGGUUACCGAGGAUCAAAACGAACCGCAGAGUUUAGAAAGUAUAGAUAGCGAAACCGCGAACUUGGGUAAGGUACAUUUUAUACGAUGCAGUGCGGAUGCGCAUUUUUCGCGAUUGAACGACAAGAGUGCUGUGAACGAGAAAGCGAAGGAGGAAGUUACCGAAGAUACACCCAUCGAAAAGAUGUCGUCAGUGCAACCGACCAUGUGGCUCGGAGCUCAAAAUGGUGCAGUUUACGUUCAUUCGGCCGUCGCUAAGUGGUCAGUGUGCCUGCAUUCAGUAAAACUGAGGGAUGCGGCGCUAGCUAUUGUACAUGUCCAAGGUCGAGUGUUGGUUGCUCUGGCGGAUGGGACAGUGACAAUAUUUCGCCGAGGUGCGGACGGACAGUGGGAUCUGUCCCAAUAUCACGUCAUUACGCUCGGUAGUCCUCAGCAUUCCAUCAGAUGUAUGGCCGCGGUCAGCGGGAAGACUGUGUGGUGUGGAUAUAGAAACAAAAUCCACGUGAUUGAUCCCAUUUCAAUGACGCGUGAGUGCACAGUGGAUGCACAUCCUCGCCGGGAGUCUCAAGUACGACAAUUAGCGUGGUUGGGUGACGGUGUGUGGGUCAGCAUCAGGCUUGACUCGACGUUAAGACUCUAUCACGCUCAUACGUACCAACAUCUUCAAGAUGUCGAUAUAGAACCGUAUGUCAGCAAAAUGCUUGGCACUGGAAAACUUGGAUUUUCUUUCGUGCGUAUUACUGCUUUGCUCAUUUCCUCGAAUAGACUGUGGAUCGGUACCGGUAACGGAGUGAUAAUCUCGGUGCCGCUAUCGGAAAGUGCAGGUGGUUCAAUGGCCGUGGCUAGAGUGCAGACAAACAGCAAUAAAGGCGAUGCACCGGGAGUCGGGGUUAGAGUCUUUGCAUCAGAUCGAGGUGUCACACCAGGAAGUUUCAUACCAUACUGCAGUAUGGCUCAUGCGCAGCUCAGUUUUCAUGGACACAGGGAUGCCGUGAAGAUGUUCGUUGCUGUACCUGGUCAUGGUGGGCAGAGCGCGGUAACAGACGGAACGCAGCCCGCGAUGCUCGUUCUUUCGGGCGGUGAAGGUUACAUCGAUUUCAGAGUUGGUGAUGGAGAAGAAACGGAAGAAAACAUAGACCGAUCAAACGCUGCAGUCAAUAAUGCGGAAGAACACGGCGAGCAAAGUCACUUGAUCGUGUGGCAAGUGCAAUGUCCCUUUUCGAUGCCGGUGAACGGCUAGCCUAUGAACGUGUCGGACGAAUCGCUGGUCUGCAGCGCGGCUUUAUAUGUGUCAACGGAUCCUGGAAUUACGAAUUAUCGGAUUGUAGAUCGCGCAUCGCUGAGACCUGGGCGAGCGGUUCUCGUCGCUGCGACUAACCAAUGUGCUACCUAUACUUAGAUAUGCUUAUAUAAAUGAUCAUAGCAGCGUACGUUAAGAAUUCCCAAAGUAACUUAUCACCGAUCGUUUGCGUUAGCGGAGCGAAGACGACGAGAUGUCGAGUUGUUGGUUUUUAAUUCACGAACUGAAUUAUUUUAAUAUUCAGCGGAAGCGCAAACUCGGCGUGUAAUAAACUUUUGCAUGUGUUAAGACUAGGAAUAUUUUAUAGACGCGACUCGAAAUCUGCCAACUCUGACGCUAAUUAUCUUUCGCUUCUGGUUAAGUCGCGUUCCUCAAACUUAUGUACGUAAAGAUCGGGUUCUCUGAACAGUAUAUGCCGAGAGAUCUUUUUUUUCUUUCGUGACGAGUGCUCUUUUUAGGAAUAUCAUGUUUUACGAAUGGGAGGAAGUUAAUGUUAUUCCCGCCGAUCACAUUGUGAUAAUGCUACAACUUGUACACGUGAGAUAGAACAAGAAUGAAUUUCGAAGCUGCCGUGUAAUGUUUGCCACGUUUCUGCAAUAAAUUUAUUCAAUUUA